AUGGCUUCUCCAGACCCCAAAUCCAUCACCGUCGACUCCCUCCCCCAACUCCUCCAAAAUGACAACAUGGUCAAGCUCGCAGGCGUGGACGUCGACGGCAUCCUGCGCGGCAAGCUAGUAUCCAAGAAGAAGUUCCUCUCCAUCGCUGAAGCCGGCUUUGGUUUCUGCUCCGUCAUCUUUGGCUGGGAUAUGCACGAUCGCACAUAUAUCCGCGAGCUCAAGAUCUCAAAUGCUGAGAAUGGAUACCAUGAUCUUCUCGCUAUUCCAGAUCUUUCUACCUUUAGGAGAAUUCCAUGGGAAGAUGACGUUCCCUUGUUCUUGGUGGACUUUUUGGAUCCUGAGACCAAGAAGCCUAUUUGUGCUUGUCCCAGAGGUCUGGUUAAGACACAGCUUGAGAAGCUGAAGGAGCACGGUUAUGGUGCCAUGGCAGGCGCUGAAUAUGAAUUCUACCAAUUCAAGUCCCCCGACCCUUCAUCAUCCUCCCCAGCCGCAUAUCUCCAACAAAACCCCCCUCACCAACUCCCCGCCCUCACAGAAGGCAUGUUCGGCUACUCCCUCACCCGCCCCGUCCACAACCAAGAAUACUACUACGACGUCUUCAACACAUGCGCCAAGUUCUCCUGCGACAUCGAGGGCUGGCACACCGAGUCCGGGCCCGGCGUCUUCGAGGCCGCGCUCGAGUUUGGCGAGAUCGCGCAGAUGGCUGACCGUGCGGCGCUGUUCAAAUACGUCGUCAAGAGCGUGAGCACAAAGUACGGCAUCACGCCGUGCUUCAUGGCCAAGCCGAAACAGGGCCUGCCUGGAAAUAGCGGGCACAUGCAUGUUUCGAUCGUUGAUAAGGAUGGCAAGAAUUUGUUUGCGAGGGAGACUAAGGAUGAGAAUGCGAAGUGGAGUGAUAUUGAGAACCUUUCUGAUAUGGGACGUCAUUUCCUCGCUGGCCUCCUCGUCGGUCUUCCUGACAUCAUGCCUCUCCUCGCACCAACCAUCAACUCCUACAAGCGCCUCGUCGAGAACUUCUGGGCUCCCGUCACGGUAUCAUGGGGUCUUGAACACCGCGCUGCGUCAAUCCGUCUAAUCACUCCCAAACCCUCAGCAACACGCUUCGAAGUCCGAGUCCCCGGCGCAGACACAAACCCACACUUCGUCCUCGCGGCCAUUCUCGGCUGUGGAUGGCGCGGCGUUGAGAAGAAACUCGAGAUUCCUACGCCUCCGCUUGCAAUGGGCCAGGAUGUCGGCGGUGACGCUGAUCCGGGCGAGAGGUUGGCCAAGAGUCUUAAGGAGGCUACGGCGCGCUUCAUGGAGAAGGGCAGUAUUGCGCGGGAAGUAUUUGGCGAUGAUUUCGUAGAGCACUUUGGCGGCACAAGAGAGCAUGAGGUCCGUCUAUAUGACGAGGCAGUAACUGAUUGGGAAAUGAAGCGAUAUAUCGAGACUGUUUGA